AUGAGACUCAAUCACAUUGAAGCUCGUUUAGAGCAACAACUUAAUUUAAAGGACAUUAUUUCAAAUUCAGUUGAAAAUCUCGUAAAAAUCGGUCUUUCAAAUGUAACGCCUCAACGCAUAAGAGCUCGUUUGACCGCUCUUCAUGAGACUUGGGAGAAGUUUUCCGUCGUUAACGACGCUAUUAAUAUAGCAAUUACGAAAUUAAACUCAGACGAUAGAUUGCAACUACGACAAGACCCAUAUUUUUCUGAAAGCAUUUACUUAACAACGUACGAAUUGUAUCUUGAGGCAGUAGAGAAAAUGAACUCAAUGAUCGAGCAUGAUUCUGAAAGCCUCACUGAAAUACCUUCACUUCCGGCCAAUUCUCGGAAUUCAAGUAUUCCAGUUUUCUUUCAACAUGCUCGCCUUCCGCGCAUCGAUAUCCCAAAGUUCAACGGUUCACCUUCCGACUGGCUCUCUUUCAAAGACCUAUUCAAUUCUCUCAUUUUGGCCAAUCCUACACUAAGCUCAGUCGAGAAACUGCAAUAUCUCAAAACAAGUUUAGUUGGAUCUGCCUCUCACUUAUUAAAAAAUACCGCGCUCAACGCUGAUAACUUUCAAAAAGCAUAG